CUCUUAGACCCACUCGGAUCCAGACUCAGCCGCUCCCUGUGGACUGUCCAUGAGUCCAGGACGUGGAGACGCGGUGGCCGUGUGGGACGUGGGACUGAGUGACCGUGUCCACCGGGUGGAGUUUUGUCACGGCACCACCACAGGGAAACGCGUCGUCUACGUCAACGGGAAGCAGGAAGUCCUCAGGAGGGACUGGAUGUUUAAGCUGGUGGGGACGGAGACCUUCAUGGUGGGACUGUCCAAGACCAGAGCCACCAUCAGCAUUGAGGCUGCCAGUGGCCUGGCCUACCAGUACUCCCUCCUGGUAGACGGGAAGAGUCUGCAGGACUUCAUCAGCAACAGAGCCAAGACCACGAAGACCUGGGCCGUCCACGUGGACGGGACGGACCAUAGGAUCGUCCUCGGUGAGUCCACAGAAAAGGACACCAUGGACAUCUGGUGCAACGGACAGAAGAUGGACUCAACGGGGGAGUUUGUGGACGAUGGCACGGAGACGCACUUCAGUCUGGGCGACCACAGCUGCUGCAUCAAGACCAGCAGCAGUGGGACGAAGAGGAGCGGCAUGAGACACACUUUACUGCUGGAUGGACACAAGGUACCGGAUCCACCGGACCAGAGACCGGACCGGGGACUCAACUGACCAGAGACAGAACUAGAGACCCAACCGGGGCCUCAAGCAGAGGUGGAUCAGUUGUCUUCGUCCAAACA